AUGGCUCUCAUUGCCCCUGCAGUUGAGGAGGGCUUCAAGUAUGCGAAAUCCCACGAGUACGCGAAGAUUGAUGGUGACACAGCCACUAUCGGCAUCUCAGACUUCGCACAGAGCGAGCUGGGCGACAUUGUGUACGUUGAGCUUCCUGAGGUCGGCUCAGAGGUGACCCAGGGAGAGAACUUUGGUGUGGUUGAGUCAGUCAAGGCCGCAAGUGAUGUGUACUCACCAUUGAGCGGGGAGGUUGUUGAGACGAACCAGACCCUGACUGAGGAUCCCGGCAAGGUGAACACUGCGCCAUUCUCCGACGGCUGGAUGAUCAAGGUGAAGUUGACAGACCCGUCCCAGGCUGACGGCCUUCUGGACUCAGCCGCAUACGGCACGCACUGUGAAGAGAAUGCCCACUAG